ACUCCAAACUAGUUCUCUUUUUAUUUCUUUGAAAUUAACAUGGCUCGUUCAAUUCCUAUGGUUUCCACCAUCUUUGUCUUCCUUCUGCUUCUUGUAGCUACUGAGAUGGUGGCAGAGGCAAGGACAUGUGAGUCAAAAAGUCAAAAAUUCAAAGGAGCAUGUGUGAGUGAUCGCAAUUGUGCUUCUGUGUGCCAAACGGAACGUUUCCCUGGAGGGCACUGCCGUGGAUUCCGUCGUAGAUGUUUCUGUACUACACAUUGUUAAUUAAUGUUUGAACACUUAAUCACUAUCAUAAAAGAGUUUAAAAGAUGAUUGAUCCAUCACCUUUUUCUACUUGUGUUAUUUUGGAAUAAAGCUACACCUACCCCCUUUUGCUAUGGAUUUUUUUCUUUGUCUUUGUUUAUUUGUAGUUUGAUCUUUAGAUCCUAUGAGUGGAAGUGAAUGAAAUGAAUAAUAUAAUGUGUUCUUAGUUUAUAUUUCAUAUCACAAUUUUUUUACUAAUAGUACUUAUGAAACAAUUGCGGUUGACA